AUGUUUGUGUCUGUCCUGUACUCACAGAGGGAACAGUUGGCUAUUAUUACAUAUAUUAGUUUCGUUGUCUUCUUCAUCGGUUCAUUUCUUGUAUAUUUGGCCGAAACUCAAACAAAUAGUCAGUUCAAGAACAUAGCGAAUAGCUUUUGGUGGGCGAUUACUAUACCGGGAAAAUUUUUGGCAUCUAUUUUCAUGAUCAUAGGCUUCUGGUUAUUCGCAUUGCCCACUGAGGUUAUUGGCACCGGAGUGGCCCUUAGAGUAGAGAAAAUGGAGGCCGAUGUCAUACAUAGCCCUCAAUUGAUACCCGCAGUCAUAUUAAUUCAAUCCUAUUGGAGGUUCUAUGCGUCAAACCACAAGCCUCUAUCCCAGACCACGUGGUAUAUCCCGCAUAACCGGGUGAUUGUGGACCGGAAUCAGCAAAAUGUUGUCCGAUUCAUACGAGCCGUAAAGUUAUUGACGGCUAAACAGGCCUUCAAAACAAUGUGUCGUAAGACUAAUAAACACAUGGCCCACAAAAACACUCAUACAGAGCACCGGCAGUUUGUCAACAGAAUUAAGUUAUUGCAGUUUGAGGUGAAAGGUGUAGAGGAAAGGCUGGUGUUAACUGAGGAUAGGAUGGUCGAGGAUUUAGUGACAAGAAUCGACAGAAUCAAUGAAUUAAACAGAAAAAUAUCUGAGAAAUUCAUGAAACAAUCGCAACUAUUGGAGCAUAAUGGGAAUGGGAUUAAACCAAAACCGCGAACCACUGGCCUUAUUCGUCGUUCACAAACUAACAUCCAGGACAAUAAACAGCUGACUAUCGUAGUGGACAAUCACAUCAGACAUGACCUGGACACUCACAUUAAUUAUUUUGGUAUAGUAUUACCUAAAAAGGACCAGAGAUUGUCACUAUACGAGCGAAUACAGCACAACACCUAUGAAUUCCUGCACCAACCGAGUGGUCUAUUCUCAUAUACUUAUCACAUACUCGUAUUGAUUCUGGUAUUGCUGUGCCUCAUAAUGACUGUCAUGUUGUCUGUCCAGCGAUUUGCUAUCACAUCGUGGAAAAUCAUGGAAGUGUUAGAGCCGGUGAUCUUAGCGUGGUUCGUGUUUGAGUUUGUCAUCCGUUUGUGGGCCAGUGGUUGUCGACAGGCAUACCAGGGCUGGCGCGGGAAAGUGCGGUAUCUACUCAAAAUCGAGUCAAUCAUAGAUUUAGUGGUGAUUGUGGUGUCGGCGGUGGUGUUGGGCGUCCAGUCUCUCAGCUCAUCCGCUGACACGAGUAUAGUGUUCGCUGCGGCAGCCCUUCGAGGCUUUCACCGGCUGUUUAUAGUCAUACGACUGGUGUGGGCGAGGAAGUCCACUUCUGGUGUUGACAGUGCCGUCAGUCCCUUCCGGAUGUUUCUGUCUGUCCUGUACUUACAGAGGGAACAGUUGGCUAUUAUUCUAUAUAUUAGUUUUGUUGUCUUCUUCAUGGCUUCAUUCCUCAUAUAUUUGGCCGAAACUCAAACAAAUAGUCAGUUCGCGACCAUAGCUAAUGGCAUGUGGUGGUCG